CGCAUGCUCACAACGCAGCGCAACGCAACGGCUUGACUCCCCUUCCCCGCCCUAACAUAGGAACGCACUUUUUCUGUCCCACCCCACCUUAACCUACUUCUACCACCACCAACCUCCAACAACCAUCACCUUUCAUCACCACCACUAAUUCAUCAAAUCUAAUCCUCCCGCAAGCUCGCCAUUCUUUCCGAGGAAAACCGCGAUACGCUUUUACGACCCACGGAUUCUUUUGAGACAAAUCUAGGACACUCUACACAGUCGAAUAGCCAUGUCCGUAGUCGGUGUUGAUUUCGGUACUCUUGCGACCACUAUCGCAGUGGCCAGGAAUCGUGGUGUCGAUGUUAUCACCAACGAAGUCUCUAACCGUUCGACUCCUUCUAUUGUCGGUUUCGGACCCAAGAGCCGAUACGUCGGAGAGCCCGCGAAGACCCAGGAGAUCUCCAACCUCAAGAACACCGUUUCCAACCUGAAGCGUCUUGCUGGACGGAAAUUCAACGACCCCGAGAUUGAGAUCGAGAAGGAGUUCAUCGCGGCCACCCUCGUUGAUACCGCGAACGGCGAUGUCGGUGUGAAGGUUAAGUAUCUUGGCCAGGAUGAGGUCUUCUCGGCGACACAACUCAUUGCCAUGUACCUCACCAAGAUCAAGUUGACCGCUUCGCAAGAGUUGAAGCUUCCCGUGUCCGACAUCGUGCUCAGUGUUCCCCCAUGGUUCACAGACCCACAGCGUCGCGCCAUAAUGGACGCUGCCGACAUUGCCGGUCUGAAGCUCUUGCGAUUGAUGAACGACACUACCGCGGCUGCGCUCGGAUGGGGUAUCACCAAACUCGACCUCCCUACCGCCGAGGAGAAGCCCAGGCGGGUAUGCUUCAUCGACAUUGGCCACAGCAACUACACCGUGUCCAUUGUGCAGUUCCGGAAGGGUGAAUUGACGGUUCUGGCUACCGCCUUCGACCGUCACUUCGGUGGACGAAACAUCGACAAGGCGCUCAUCGACCAUUUCGCUGGCGUCUUCAAGGAGAAGUACAAGAUCGACAUCUACACUAAUGCGAAGGCCUACUUCCGUGUUGCCGUUGCCGUCGAGAAGCUGAAGAAGGUCCUUUCCGCCAACGCCCAGGCGCCCCUCAACGUCGAGUCCGUGAUGAAUGAUGUCGAUGCUUCGGGCAUGCUCAAGCGUGAGGAGCUCGAGGAGCUGAUCGCGCCCAUGCUUGAACGUGUCACCGCUCCCCUCGAGGAGGCUCUCGCUGAGGCUGGUUUGACCAAGGAGGACAUCGAUGCCAUCGAGGUCGUCGGAGGUUCCACCCGUGUUCCUUCCCUCAAGGAGCGCAUCUCCGAGUUCUUCGGAAAGCCCCUGUCGUUCACCCUCAACCAGGACGAGGCCAUCGCUCGUGGUUGUGCUUUUGCUUGCGCUAUCCUCUCCCCCGUCUUCCGUGUCAGGGACUUCUCCGUCCACGACAUCCUCAGCUACCCCAUCGAGUUCACAUGGGAGCAGUCGGCCGACAUUCCCGACGAGGACACUAGCCUCACCGUUUUUAACAAGAACAACACCGUCCCGUCGACCAAAAUUCUCACUUUCUACCGCAAGGAGCCUUUUGAUCUCGAGGCCAAGUAUACCGAGCCUGAGAAGCUCCCCGGCAAGAUGUCGCCUUGGAUCGGUCGCUUCUCCGUUAAGGGUGUCAAGCCUGACGCCAAGGAUGACUUCAUGAUCUGCAAGCUGAAGGCCCGCGUCAACCUGCACGGUGUGUUGAACAUCGAGGGAGGAUACUACGUCGAGGAGAUCGAGGUCGACGAGGAAGUCAAGGAGGAGGGUGACGCCAUGGACACUGAUACCGCCAACGGCGAAGAGAAACCCAAGAAGAUGCGCAAGGUUAAGAAGCAGGUCAAGAAGGGCGAGCUCCCCGUCGUAUGUGGAACCGCGUCCAUCGACGAAGGCGUCAAGACCAUCUGGACCGAGCGUGAGAACCAGAUGUUCAUGGAGGACAAGUUGGUCGCCGACACCGAGGACCGCAAGAACGCUCUCGAGGAGUACAUCUACGAGGGCCGUGCUAAGAUUGACGAUAUCUACGCACCAUUCGCCAGCGACGAGGAGAAGUCGAAGGUCAAGAAGGCCUUGGACGACGCUGAGGACUGGCUGUACAACGACGGCGAGGACACCACCAAGGCUGUCUACAUUGCCCGUAUGGAAGAGCUCCGAUCGGCCAUUGCACCCAUCGCCCAACGCUACUUUGACAAGGAGGAGGAGAAGCGACAAAGCUACCAAGCCUCCAAGAACGAAGCCGAGACGAUGAGGAGGGCCCAGGCCGACCUGCAAAAGAAGCAGGCCGGGCAGCCCAACAAGAACGAGACCGAGAAGAAGCAGCAGCCACCCAGCGUUCCUCAGGACAUGGAUAUGGAUUAGAUCCAAAAAAAUUACCGGUUUCCGUCAUUUUUUUUCUUCUUUCUCUUGGGCUGUGCUUUUGAUUUUGAUGUUUAGUGUCUGUUCUCUUCUGUCUUCUUGUCUUCUUUUCUUUUUUCUUCCUUCUGUUGCUUUUCCGUGGGGGAUGGGGGCUGGGUUGGCUGGCGUAGAUGGCAGGAAAAACACUUGUAGUGAGGGAGUUUUAUAAAGGGCUGCUCUUAACUGUAACUCUUCGUUCUUUAUAACUUUUUGCAAGGCGAGGGGGCGGGAUCGGGGGUGAUGGAAUAUUCUUUGUUUCAGAUCUGUUGUGUGACGUCAAUGUUCGACUGUGAUGUCGACUGUGUGAUGUCCAUGCCGGGUUGCAUGUCGGUAAAGAAGAGGUCUGGGAUUCUCUAUGAGUUUGGUAUUCCAGCUACCACCAUCAGUACCGUACUUAAGUAUCAUAAUGUUGCUUCCAAUUACAUACGAG